CCUGCUUCACCACUCUAUUCCUGCUCACGAACAAUAUUCUUUUUUUGUGUAGUCAAUGGUUUUUACUCAUACUCGUUAAAGUCUAACGUGUAGUGUUUCUGCAUAUCACUGUGUGCGUCGAAUGAUGAUCGGGUUUAUUGGAGUCGGGGAACAUAAGCGGGCUUGUUUUUGAUGGAUACGAGAGUUCGGGGUCAACCACGGCUUCUGACGAUCAUGGGGAUGGCGUGCACAUGUCAGAACGGGUACUAUGAACGACUAAGUUGUUUACGAAUAAUCUCGUUCGGUAGUUAAUAUGAUCACCACUUCUCAUGCAUGCUUGCGGAGCCUAUGACCACGGCUUUUCAGGCUCAGUCUGACCCUGAAAGGGAGGUACUUAGACUAUGUUGAGUCGUGGUGGCGCUAUCUAUGAUCCUCAUGUCGAUAAAAAAACCCUACUUGAUGUUGCUACUACAGCUAAAACAAGAAAAAAUCAGGAACGGCAACGGCAGGGCGACGCGGAGAUGAGGACCUACGGCUCUUCUACAGGAGUCGUCUCCACCUCGCUGGGUACUGGAUCGGAAUCUGUUUCGUCGCACACCUCGUCCUCCCAAGGCACGCCAUCAGCCGCGGACACGGAUAGUGCCGGCGCCGUCACGACCCCGCAGGCAAAAAUUCGUAUUUAAGUAAUGCUUUGAGCGAUAAAAUCAAAAUCAUAAGCAAGAUCUUUCUUGUCCUUUAUGGUUUGAACGCGGCGAAGUUAUACCCUCGUUUUCUUCAUCUACUUCCCUCGUUAAGACUGAUAUGGAUCCAUUUGAAAGUUGCUUUUUUCCAUAAAAACAGUUUCCCUAAGAGUUGCCAGCAACACGGGUGUGGUUAUUGCGCGAGUUCGUAAUCUACAAGCAAACACCAGCGCCGCAACUACCAGGUCGUCAUCAUCUACUUCCAUAAUAUGCAUUGCAAACAUGUCUGCGUCUGGGUCUGGAAGAUCGAGGGCGUUUGUCAUGCAAAUUUUACAUGACCCGCGAAGGAACGCGAUGUCGGUGAUGCAUACUCUAGCAUUACAGGUUCCGCCAAGGGUUUCUCAUGCGUAUUCUGCAUGAGAAAUGGGUCUCCGGGAAGCAAAAAUCUGAGCACCUUUUGCUGCUCAAUGCAAUACAGAUUUUUCUCUGCUCGCAAGUUAGCAUGACAAAUCCCAUUCUUUCCAGACCCAGACACAUCUGCAAUCCAUACACAACAAGAAAUAACAAAGUCCGAUGUUGUCUUUCGCGCCGAAGGUUGAGAACGUCCUUAUUGCGAGGAAAAAUUAACCCUCCCCAUAUCGAAAAGGUGUGUCUCAGAAAAGUUGCAAUGCUGAUUUGUGACCACAAAUCGUCUCUGUCUUGCAAGAACGCAACUCCACAGGCUCCGCCGCAUUCGGCAGGCGUUUUCUGAUGCUGUUGGCCCUACAGACUAGACGCGUGCCAUGCUCAGAGCCUAGCGCAAGACUUCUCUACUCAGUCUCAUUAUAGGCCUGCAGUCCUCUCCAGCAAGACAAGUCUGAUCGGUGUACUCAAAUGCAGCAUGACGAGUUUCGUUUUCGAUAUGGGGAAUGGGGAUUUUUCCUUGCGAUAGUCGUUCGUCGGCAGUGAAGAGAACCCCGGGUGCGAAGAGUCAGAAGCCGGCAUGGAGUUUACCAAUCUGCAGUUUCGCACCACCUAUCGGCAAACGCCGCUCGUGAAAGGUAAAUUUUACUAAUAUUCUAGACGAAAAAAUUAUAGUUCUCAUGCGUGGUUUCAUAUAUUCUCGGACUAGAAUACCCAUGGUAUGGUGUUCUGAUAACCUUGUACCUAGAUCUAGAAGUUGUAAGUAGUAGCUUUCAAUAUCGGUGGUCGUAUGAAAUAAUGCACUUUCAUCAACAUCACAGAUACUUCCUACACUGUUACCUGCUUGCACUUAAAGCAGCGCAAGACGCACGGCGCCAGUGUGAGCGACGUGGUGAUCUAUGAAUUGCCCAAAGAAGUCGAAACAAGUAGCGGGAGAGGGCGAGGCGAGAUGAAUAGUGCGGUCGACAGUACUAGUAAUCUUCCUGACAGCACUGGUGGAAGCAAAAAUACUGACGCAAUGAAAAAGACCUCUCAUGGCGCCUCGUCUGAUAUGAAGAUGAACGUCGACGAAUCUACUACGUCGCGCCAAGAAUCAGGGAGCUCCUCAGCCUCCGCCCGGUCUCGCCGAGAACGGAAAAACAAAAUAAAGCAUCCAGUCGAAAAGGAUGCUGCCAGGACGAGUCAGGACGGCGAAGCACAUGGGGAAACAGCAGCAGGAGCUCCCUUGCACGCGCCGGAGGAGCAUGAGCACACCGACGGGACGGUAACCGCGUCGACAACCUGUAUCCAUUUGGCACAACUUUUUAGAACAACUUGCACUCUUGUAGAGUUCGUUCUACGUGAACGUGUCGCGUUGACGCAAAGUUUUACAGGGGUUUUCAUGUUCUUGAUCUACGUGCAACUAAGUUUAAGUGGCCGCGGAUGGAGCAGUAGAACUGUGUCGCCUCUUGCCAUGCGCAGCGUCGUGCUUUUACUCAGCGCGAGGUGGCACCGGCAACCUGUAACUAUUGUACUUUGAUGAAGAUGCAUGAAAUUCAAAUUGAGACCGUGCGUGGAGCUCGAGUAAAGACAAAGCACUGUGUCACUCUUCCAUACCCGCCUCCGUUUUCUUCACGCAGUACCUCCCCUGGCUUUUCCUGGGCGUGUUUGCCUACCUCGUGUGCUACAAGGGCAACGUCGCAAAGAUGCUUUUUGUGAAGCUCGGUCUGGCCGUAUCAAAUGCAAAUAUGUCUGGGUCUGGUAAAAUUGGAAUCUGUAUUGCUUGUCUUGCACUCCUGUAAAAUCUGUCUUGCGUGACCGACAAAAGCCCGAAUUCUUUGUCAUGGCGCAGUUUCUCAUGCGCAUCACGCAUGAGGAAGCGUCCCGAAAAUCUGUCAUGCUUGGCUGCUCUCAGGAGUAUGCUCAAUCAUCGCCACGUAGCAUCACAAGUUUCCAGACCCAGACAUAUUUGCACUGGAUAGGCCGACUCUGAUGACGAGAUCGAAAUGACCAAUUUUUCCGCAACGAGUAGUCGGCGUUCGGAAAGCAAAAACAGGUACGACAGCAGAAUAUCAAAUGUAAAAAUGUCUGGGUCUGGAAGAAUGCAACUUGUCAUGCUAAAUCUGAAGCAUGCGAAAAAUCUGUGUUGCAUGAUUACCAAAAGUCGCCCAGUUUUGACCAAGUCGGGAGGGAGUUUCUCAUGCAGGAUAGGCAUGAGAGAGAUCGCACAGACUCUGUCAUGCUAGGUCCUGCAUUUCAGACCUCAUGGGUCAUGGAAAAGCUGCAUGACAAAUCGCGCACUCUUCCAGACCCAGACAUUUUUACAUUUGAUACAGAAGGUGGGGUUCGUAUCAACCUCCGAACGCAACGAUAGGACACAGAUACGACUGAUAUAAAACCACGCAAAGAUCACAUCAAACUAGCGCCCCAUGUUGUUUAGUAACUACCUGAUUUGCAGCGAAAAAGUAUAAGUUCUUCUUUGUGCGAUCAGUAGUAAUCAACGAAGAUUCGAGUGAGGAAAGCCGUGCG